AUGGCACCUCGUGCGUCAACUUCAAGCAAGAAGAAGCACCAGCUCACGCUGGCUCAAUUGGCGGCAUACGAUGACAUCUUGACCGAUGCACUUGUCGAUCAUACGUAUUAUUGGACGACAGUGCCUAAAAACCGCACGUCCUAUCAUCCGUCACGGGGCAUCCGGGAGGAAGAAAUUACCAAAAUCCUCCGAGAUCAUGUCAUCGUCGAUCCAAACCUCGACCUUGCUGAGCAGAAGCUGCUCGAAACACCAGGUUUGAAGAAGGUAUACAGCGCGCUGAAGACCCCCGAGGAAAAGAAGGACUUCAGAGACCAUCUGAGACGGUACAUGUCAAUCUACCUGCCUGACUGUCCAUUCGAGGUAAAUGCGACGAAUCGCUACACCAUCGUCACCUUCGAGGCGUGCGUGACGGCGCGCCGUUUCAUCAAGAAGAACGAAACUAUCAAGUACCUCUCCGGCACCCAAGUCACCGUGACCCCCGAGGAAGAGAGAGAAAUGGCGCUCCGAAAGAAGGACUUUAGUCUCAUUGUAAGCAGCCGCAGUAAGUCAACCAGCCUCUUCAUGGGGCCGGCUCGGUUCGCAAACCACGACUGCAACGCCAAUGCUCGGCUUGUUACUCGCGGACCGGCAGGCAUUGAGAUCGUGGCCUGCCGGGACAUCGAGGUCGGCGAGGAGAUCACUGUCACCUAUGGUGACAAUUAUUUUGGUGAGAACAACUGCGAAUGUCUCUGUGCCACGUGCGAAAAGAACCUCGCCAAUGGCUGGAAGCCGCUGGAUGGCACAGUUAUAGUGCAGAGGAGCAUCGAGGAGGACGCCCAGGGGUACUCGCUCCGCCGACGGAGGAGAGAUGAUAGUGCUACAGGCCUAGCGUCUCGCACUUCAUCGGUCACCCCCGAUAUCCGCCCCCGCAUUAAGAGAACGCGGAGCCAAAAGAAUUUAGCCGGCCGUGCGCCGAUGACCGCGUCAGUCGAGCCCGGGUCGCGAUUGCUGAGCCCCUCGAGCGCCAGGAAGCGGGUCAGAGAUCUCGCCCCCUUGAGCUCUCCGCCGAAUACGCCGGCGAAGAAGCUCAAGACACGCCACUCCGGCGUUGAACCCAUUAGCAUGGACGUCGACUCCUCUCGGGACAGCUCGGAGACCGACAACUGCGCCAGUCCGCUGUCCCUGGCCAACGAUAACGGCGACACAACAGGCGCAACUUCCCCCGACCCCGCCAUCUUGACCCCUGAGUUCUCACCACACAAACAUAAGGCCCAAGGCGGCAGCAGUGGAAGCUACAAUAGUGAUAUUGAGUCCCAGCCGCUCCCGGAGCCUGUGUCACCGAUGUGGGAGUCAUCUACAAAGGAAGAGUCAUCCGAGACUACCUCAACAGGCUCGAAAGAAUGGAUGGAGCAAAAAGUGCGAGACUCCGAAGCCACGGCCACGAAACAGAAGAACCAAGAACCACAACAAUCGUCCCCGCCGAAACGUUGCCAAAAGAAGAAAUCACUACCACCACAACCCCCAUCACCUCCACGCAGACCCCGUAUCCCAGGCGACUACACCCUGACGCCAUUACUCCUUUCCGAACCCGAGACUGCUUGGAUUUAUUGUACCAACUGCAAUGAAGCAUUCGUCCAGCGUGAUGCCUAUUUCACUAAGGCCAACUGCCCCCGCUGCGAGCGCCAUUCCAAGCUGUACGGGUACCUGGGUCCCGAAGAAGAGGCCAGGGCAAGAGGCCGCAAGGGCUGGAGAGAGAGGCUUGCCGAGAAGAAGGCCCGUGAGUCUAUGUCGUCUACGCGGGAUGAUGAGGAUAUGGAGGAGAGGGGCAGGAAGAGGGUGAGGACUCCUUGA